AUGAGAUCCCAAUUCAAAGAUGAACACUCUCUUGAAAAGAGAAAGGUCGAGGCCAUGAGAAUCCUUAAGAAGUUCCCUGACAGGAUUCCUGUCAUUUGUGAGAAGGUUGAAAAGUCCGAUAUUCAAGAAAUUGAUAAGAGAAAGUACUUGGUGCCAUCAGAUUUGACUGUUGGUCAAUUUGUGUACGUUAUCAGAAAGAGAAUUCAAUUGCCACCAGAAAAGGCCAUCUUCAUUUUCAUCAAGGAUAUUUUGCCACCAACCGCUGCUUUGAUGUUGUCAAUUUACGAAGAACACAAGGAUGAAGAUGGAUUCUUGUAUGUGUUAUAUUCGGGGGAAAACACUUUUGGUGAUGUAUUUGAAGAAAUAAAGGAUGAAGAGUAA